CCGUGGCCGGAGCUCGCCCUUCUUCCGGCCGCCGCGCGCAUUCGAAUCGAAUUGGUCCCCUCGGCCGCGCCCGCGGUCUGUUUACUUAAUUUUAAUCCAUCCACUCGUUUUCGUGCCCCAAUCCUGCCCACCCAGCUUCCUCCCCUCCCCUCCCCGGGGCCGCCUCGUUCCGAGGCAGUAUGAUGAGGCCGUGGCGGCGUCGGCAUGCGGAGAUCCUCAACAUUCAUCGAGGCAACGGAGCUACUAUGCCUGGAGCAGAUGAGGCGUUUCCGGCAGAGUCGAGAACGACGCUGUUCUUUGGGGCUGUGACAUCUAAAUCGGAGCCGCUGACCUUUGAAGAGUCCCUCAGAUUUGUCAAGAAAGUGAAGGCUCGCAACUACAUGCUGUACCUGUCGCUGUUCGACAUCCUGGGCAGGACGGAGCUGUCCCAGCUGGAGGCCUACCAAACACUGCAGCUGCUGUUCCGCGACCACCCGGACCUGCACGAAGGGCUCGAGAAGUUCAGGCCCCCGAUGCCCACGAAGCACGCCGCGGCGAACAGCAACCUCUGGCCGUGGGUUUUCGCGUGCGCCGCCGUCCCGCUGGUCGCAAUGAGCCUGAUCCCGGCGCUGGGGAACCCGGUGCUGUGGCUCGUCCAGCAGACGCUCGGCGAGAAGAUGAGGGCUGCGUGAUUCGAGUCCGAUUCCAUUCGGCCACUAGAGUUGCAGGGCAUGUUGCUCCUCGGCUGGCCGCUAGGUUUAUCAAUCCCGUCAACCAAUAAUGUAAUUAAUUGACACAUGGUCGUGUGUGUGUGUGUGGCUGGUGUAUAUAUAGUUAGAACAAGCAAAGAACAUCAUCAUUGGAUGGGAUGGGAGGAAAUUCAGGGUUUAUUGUGCUACACAGUAUCAGGUAGGCACUGGGAAGAAAGAAAUUUGGUCACAGACCUGCAGGUCAGGUCUUUGCAACACCCAGUUAUGCUCUCCAAUGCUGGGUCGAACUUGGCUUGCUUA